GAUUAAUCAGCCUACUUGAUUUUUACAUUUUCAAAUGGUGAGAUAUAGGUAAGUAUCAUGAAUGUGCCUUGGGAUCAUUUUGGUGUGGUGUUUGACAAUUCUUGUCCAUUGUUCAUUUUGUUGUGUGCUCGUUGUGUUUUUCUGGCUGAAAUGUGAUUAUCACUAACCUGUUCUAUAGUAUGACUCCUGCUGAUACCAAGAAGAGCUGCAAGGCCCGCGGUUCUUACUUGACUGUGCACUUCAAGAACGCUCACGAGGUGGGUGCUGCCAUCAAGGACAUGUCUCUGCUCAAGGCCGAGAAAUACCUUAACGAUGUGAUUGCCCACAAGCAGGCUGUCGCCUUCACCCGCUUCAACGGCGGUGUUGGUCGUCACGCCCAGGCUCACUCCAUCAAGGCUCCUGGAGAUCAGUGCAGAUGGCCCAAGGCUGCCUGCAAGUUCUUCCUGGUGCUUCUGAACAACCUGAAGGCCAACGGUGAGGCGAAGGGUCUGAACGUGGAGAACCUUCGUAUCAGCCAUGUGCAGGUGAACCAGGCUCCCGUGAUGCGUCGUCGCACCUACCGCGCUCACGGACGUGUGUGCCCCUAUCUCCGCCACCCUGCUCACAUUGAGAUGAUGUGCACCGAGGAGGAUUCUGCGGUGAAGAAGGCUUCUUCGAAGCCCACGCACAAGCGUCUCACUCGCAGACAGCUGGCGUACAGAAAGCUCGUUCACCAGAAACUGGCUGAGAAGAAGAAGGAGGAGCAGGCCUAAGUUUGUAUUGUUACAGCAGUGAGAUGGUUGGUUGAUUGGUGAU